ACGAUAUGACCGAUUGUGCUUAUGGCAACUUUCAAACGGACCGCCUCUAUGACAACAAUGAUGAUUUCAGCUUCCCGUCAACUCUAGCCGACGAUCUAGUCAACCCAAUUGUAUUGACUAUCAAUUCAUGGUCGACUGGAAUCAGGUCCAAGAUUGAGGUUUGGGAUCACGAUUCAUUUAAUGCAGACGACAAAAUAGAUUAUUACGGCUACAAUUACAACUAUAUCCCCAAUCGAACAUCAGCUUUGGCAACAGAACACAUCGUGUCACUGCAUGGAGCAGGAACAUCUCUAACGAGGGUUGCACUGAAGAUUUACUGCGAUCUGCAUUACUACGGAACGUCUUCAGGCUGUAGCACAUAUUGCUUAGCGAGAGACAACAGUGAAGGCCACUAUAAUUGUGAUGGUAUUACAGGAGCUAGGGUUUGUCACUCAGGAUGGCAAGGAUCCUAUUGCAAUAUUGAGAUCAAUGAAUGUGAUUCAGAUCCUUGUCAGUUCAACGCAGUCUGUACAGAUCUCUUGGCUGAUUAUAGCUGUAACUGCCCAUCUGGUACACGAGGUAAGAACUGCGACGACAUAGACGAGUGUUCUUCAGACCCCUGUGAACACGGAGGCACGUGCGAGAAUAAACUCAACCUUUAUCGAUGUGAUUGUCCAAGAGAGUAUAGCGGUGCCAACUGUGAUUUCGAGAUCGAGUUCUGUAACUCUAACCCCUGUCUCAAUGGUGCAACAUGCCUGGGUGAAAAUAACAUUGGCGUUCUGGAGUGUGUCUGCGCUCCAGGUUACACCGGUGGUUUCUGUGGUGCAGAUAUCGAUGAAUGUAUCGGAGUGGACUGUCUGAAUAAUGGCACUUGUCAAGAUGGCGUUAAUGAAUUUACGUGUAAUUGCACAGAGGGGUAUGGAGGAACCAACUGUGAACUACCACAUCAGACGGGAACAGGUCAGAUCCAUGGCAGGGUGAAAGUGUCUUUCAGAUUGGUAGACUUCGAAAACACCGGUCACAUAGAACUUGACGGGGGAUGUUGCGACUCCAGCAUUUUCGGAUGUGGUAGUAGUUGCGACAACAGAUUCAAUCUCUGCUUCGAUGUCUACAGAGGGAAUAACGAUAUGACCGAUUGCGCUCAUGGUAACUUUCAAACGAACCACAUCUAUGACAACAAUGAUGAUUUCAGCUUCCCGUCAAUUCUAGCCAGCAAUCUAGUCAACCCAAUUGUAUUGACCAUCAAUUCAUGGUCGACUGGAUUCAGGUCCAAGAUUGAGGUUUGGGAUUUUGAUCCAUAUAAUGCAGACGACAAGAUAGAUUAUUACGGCUACGAUUACAACUAUAUCCCCGAUCAAACAUCAGCUUUAGCAACAGAACACAACGUGACACUGAAUGGCGCAGGAACAUCUCUAACGACUGUGGCAGUGAAGGUCUACUGCGAUGAGCAUUACUACGGAACGUCUUCAGGAUGUAGCACAUAUUGUUUAGCGAGGGACAGCAGUGAAGGCCACUAUGAUUGUAAUGAUAUUACAGGAGCUAGGGUUUGUCACUCAGGAUGGCAAGGAUCUUACUGCAAUCUAGCAAGCCAUGAUUUGAACAUAUAAUCAGUUACUAAACAUGUGAUGGAAAUAGUACUUGAAGCAGUCGAGCCCUUACAAUCACGUGAUACUAAUAUUAUAACGACUUUCAUGAUUGCUUGUAUUAAAGAAUUAUGUUUACGAAUUGAAUUCUGGUUCAGAAUUUUGAUUUAGGGAGUCUUUGGGAGGCCAAAGUAUGUGUAUAGACAUCGAUAUUGUAAUGAUAAACUAUGUGAAGUACUAUUCUUUUAAAAAUCAUAAACAAUAAUUGUCUUCGCAUUUUCUAAGUGGAGUCCAGUUUGAUCAAAAGGGGUCAAAAUAAAAACGUAAAUGCAUUACAAAUUUGAAGUCUGUAGAUUUAUAACAAAUUGCGAGCGUCAUCCAAUCAUCAUCAUAGUGAUCGUAACGAUUUUGUCAUUCCAACAUGCAACUGUAAUUAUACGUCAUCUACGAAUACAACGAUUUUAUAACUGGAAAACAUUCAGUGCAUUAUAAUGCUACUUUCUAAAGGCAUCAAGAACCUACUUCAAUACAGCUUGCUUACAUAACCUGGCUAUGAUUAAUUCUCGAUAAUCAUAUUAAAUAUCUUUUUCUCCCUUGAUUUCGCUUCAAACAAUUAUCUUUUGUCUUUAUCGUAUUUCCUUCAUGGUUUGCAGAAUCUUUCUCAUUAUAUAAAACUGUUACUUUUAUUUCUCUUUGUCUUUAUUAAUGAAUCUUCAUUUAAAAGGUAAUCUUGGGUUCUGGUAAUGAUGGAUAUAAAAUAUUGUAGAAUCAAAGCAAACUUUAACUGAAUGUUCGAUGAUAACAAAUAUGAUAUCUUGUAUUAUCUGCUGUAUGAAUUCGAUAUAAAAAUGUAUAAUAACUGAGUAAUGAGCAAAGAAAAGAAAGAAAAGAAAGUCGAAAAGGUUUUCUCGAUUGCGUGUCAGGCAAUAGAACACAUAGUUUAAGUAAGUAUGAUUUUCAGCAAUUUCUCGUUCGUUUGUUUACAUUUCUCUGUUCUAAUGGAAAACAACACUACGAAUCCAUACCCCGAAAACAAACCACAAACAAUCUACUACUUACAAUUCUUUCUGCAUGAAGAACAUUUAUAUUUGUUUCAAGCCAAUUUUUCUCGAAAUGUACACUCGUCACCAGAACUCAGAAGAGGCUUAGAUGUUGUUCUAUAUUCAGUAAUUAUGGUUCCUAUUACUUUUAUAUUGAAAAUAGAUUAUGGAAUUACUUGGCUUUCAUUUAUAUAAGGAGAAAUGCAUUCAUUAUCUUGGGUUUUAUUUUCUCUUAUGUUAAAAAUGUUGAUAUAAAUGCUGUUAGCCGAUGUAAUAGAAUAUGAAUUCAGUAUGUGUAAGAAAAUGAAGACUUAUAUGCAGUAUAUCUCGCAAUUUGAAUAUUAUUUCCUUCGUUGCACCAUUCUGUCUUUUAGAGGCCGAUGUAAAAAAAAAGAUAGAUAAUCGAAACAACGUUAAGCAAUCAAGAAGGAUAAUGUCGUCAAUCUUCAAUUAAUAAAUACAAAAAGGAACAUUCAAUCAUCUUCUUUCGCAGUAGAGUUUGUAUAACAGUAACAGCAAACGCUAAACUUACAUUUUUUUGAGGGAUGUCUUUGAUAAAUACAAGAACACAAAAGAUAUUUCCUUUGUAAAAUAUAUUUCCUCAUUAAAUAUUGCAGACACGGAAACAAUGUAACUUCAUACAAUAUAAGUUUUGAGACUUAUAAAAUAAAACCAACAACAGCAAUGAA